AUGGCUGAAGAAGCAGCAUUCGAUUUUCUUUCUAUAUCCUCAUGUAGAAAUAAUAAUAUUAUUAUUAGUUAUUGGAUUGAGUUGGUGCUAUACAAUGUUAUUUGGUACUCAAUAAUAUUUUUUGGGUUAAACCUUUCUUUAAGUUACUUAAACUAGUAUCUACUUUUAAGUGGGUUAGAUAUUAGCAGCCACUUACUGUACUUGGAAAUUAUAUAAAUAAUCAAAAGCUGGAAUUUAACAGGAUUACGAUAUCUAUAUAAAAACUGUAAUUAGUUUAGGAUUUUGGUUACUUGUUUUCGAAAUUCUUUUAUUUGAGGAUAUACCCUUCAUAAUCUUAGUUUUUAUAAAUUUCUUUAUUGGUGCAGGUUUAGGAGGAUUAUAUUCUGUACUAUUAGAAGCCUUAAUGGAAAAGCAUUUCCCAGUACAAGAAUUGGCUAUUGGAUCUAUUUUCGCUGCAGUUGCUGGUGUAAUAAUUUAUAUUUAUAUAGACUGUCGCAAUAACUAUAACAAUGAUAUUAGUCAUUCCUUAAUUUCUUGAGUAUGGAUUUUAAAUUUCUUGUUAUCUAAUGAUCAUACCAUUUUGUUAUAUUGCUGUCUUUUAUAAAACUAAAUUUAAAAGAUUUGAGGCUGAGGCUUGA